AAGUCACGUGAUAACAGGAGCUUUUGUGGUGGCGUAGGAAGGAAAAUGGCAGCCUCCAGUGUUUUCAAAGCAGGACUUUUCAAUAAUAAAGUAGCAAUAGUGACCGGCGGUGGCACGGGCAUCGGAAAGGCAAUCACUUCUGAAUUAUUGCAGUUAGGAUGCAAUGUGGUCAUAUCCUCCAGAAAGUUGGAGCGUUUGGAAGCGGCUGCCAAGGAGCUAUCAGGGAGAAUCCCCCACACCAACCCAGCUAAAAUCACACCUAUUCAGUGCAACAUCCGUAAUGAGAAUGAGGUGAAGAACUUGGUUGCCUCUACACUGAAGCUGCAUGGGAAGAUUGACUUCCUGGUCAACAAUGGAGGUGGACAGUUCACCAGUCCGGCUGAACACAUGAGUGCCAAAGGCUGGAGAGCUGUUAUUGAUACAAACUUAACUGGGACCUUCCACUGCUGUCUGGAAGUGUACAAGGCUUGGAUGAAGGAGCACGGAGGAGCAAUUGUCAACAUCAUUGCUGACAUGUGGAAGGGAUUCCCUGGCAUGGCACACACAGGAGCUGCUAGGGCUGCAGUGGACAACUUGACUAAGAGCCUGGCCAUUGAGUGGGCAGCCAGUGGGGUAAGGGUGAACUCUAUAGCACCGGGAAUCAUCAUUUCGAAAACUGCGAUGGCGAACUAUAUGGAAGCUGGACCACAGCUGUUUCAGAUGUCCAUGGCUUUUACUCCAGCUAAAAGAUUGGGAGUCCCAGAAGAGAUCUCUCCAGCAGUGUGCUUCCUGCUCUCCCCUGCUGCUUCCUACAUCUCUGGGGCGACACUUCGAGUGGAUGCUGGUCAGAGCCUCUACCAUUCCAUGUGGGAAAUCCCAGAUCACAGUUCCUGGCCAGAGGCACCAGAUGGGGAGAACAUGGAGACUCUGAGAGAAUUAUUAACUACGAAGUCCAAACUGUGAGGAGUGGAACCCAGGCCUGCAGAGGACAAGUGGUCACAAAUAUCAGCCACAUCCCAGGAUUUGUAAUACAUGCAUGGGCUCCAGUAUUAUUGGCACCCUUGAUAAAUAUGCACCAUAUAGUAAAUGCUGUAGACUAAACAAUAAUACAGUUACUGGCAUUUUCCAACAUGUGUAAAUCAGUGUGCUUUGUACUGUUAGCAGUUGAAAUUGUACUUCCUUCUAGGGUCUUCCUUCAGCGCACUUGUCCCUGACCCUGGUAUGGGUAUGCACUUUGCACUAUGUUGUACGUCGCUCUGCAUAAGAGCGUCUGCCAAAUGCCAUUAAUGUAAUGUAAUGUAAUGCUUAUUAAUGAUUCAAUAGAAUCAAACAAAGGCUUACAUUUAAAAAUAUAUAAAUAUAUAUCCCCAAAAAACAGGUUCCUGGUUUAAACACCCCUGGCAAAGAUGACAUAACUAUAUAACAUAUAUAACGUAACCUAUAAUGUACAUAUACAUAACAGAUUUGGUGGAAUUUUUGACCAUUCCUCCAUGCAGAACUUUUUGGAAUCAUUGAUAUCCUUGAUUUGAUUUAAAAUAAUUGUUAGGGGUGCCAAUAAUUCUGGCACCUGUGGUUUUCAGGAAAAUUUUGAUUACUAAAUAAAAAAAACAAGAGGGUAACUGUAUUGAAAUAAAAGUAUAUAGUUUUCCCGUAUGUUUGAACAUAAAAUAUAGAUCUUUAUGCUGUUUAUUAUAUCAGCCUUUUUUCUCCAUUUUCAUGAAUAAAUCUGGAGCCCACUGUAGCUACAUUAUAAUUACUCAUACAAAUAUAUUUUCAAAUUAUACCUGCCUUACACUGCAUUUGUGGGUAUGGGGUUAGUUAGUGGUAGGAUUGGUACCAGUUAUGAUUUGCUGAAUGUGAACAGAACAUUUAAUGUAAAUAAAGAAUUGGAAAUUUUGUUAUGAA